AUGAAUAACAAUCAUGACAACCACGCCUGCACUCACUCACAACAAGCGAACCCAUACACUCAGUCCUUGGAAGAAUUAGAUUUUUCAAAGUCUAUACACCAGGCAUGUCUGCAAGGAGACCUUUCGAAAGUUAAAGCACAUAUAACGAAAAAAGGAUCGAGAGUGGUUAAUGAACGCGAUACGGCUGGGUAUACACCUUUGGUAUUGCCAGUCUUUGUCCGUCAUCAUUAUGGAGCUAGAAGCGGUCACGAAGAAAUAUGUAAACUUUUAUUAGAAAAUGGUGCUGACCCUAACGCAACAACUCCGGAACUUUUAUCAACAGUAAGUACGAGUAGACAGAGAUUUUCUAGACCAUUAUCCCGAGCAGCUGCUGGCAAUCACAUAAAAGUGGUAACGCUCUUAUUGAGACACGGAGCAAAUCCUAAACUUGUCGAUUCAGGUGGUCAAUCACCAUUGCAUAAGGCAUGCGAAAAUUCCUCAAUAGCGGUGGCGAAAUUAUUAAUAGAACAAGAUAGAGGAUUAAUCGGUGUUAAAGAUAAUAGGGGACGUGGACCUCUUGAUUGCUGUAGAAGUAAAGAUGAUGAAGUUGUUUUGAUGAAUGCUUUGCAAUUGUGA